AUGACAAAAACACUCCUCGCCCCUCUGACAACCCCCCAACUCGAAAAAGCCGCCACAAAAGCCCUAUCCCUCCAAACAACAGCCCAAACAACCCACCACAAACGCCCCUUCACAGCCCUGCUCCUCGCCCCAGACAACGAAACGGUCCUGGCAACCUCCAAUUCCCUCUCGCACGUCCGCCACGCCGAAUGCGAACUAGCCCGCAACGCAGCUGAUAACUACGACUGGACAUACCUGGCACGGUGCACGCUCGUCUCGACUUGGGAGCCGUGCGCGAUGUGCGCGGGUGCGAUAUACUGGGCACAUAUUGGGCGGGUUGUUUAUCUUGCGUCUGAGAGUGCUUUGAGGGGUGUUGUUGGUGCUGGGAACGAGGAGAAUCUUACGCUUGAUUUGCCUUGUCGGGAGGUUUUUGCGAAGGGGCAGUUUUUGGUCGAGGUUUUGGGUCCAUACACGGAGGGUGUGGAUGGGGGCUGGGAGGGCAGGGUUGUUAGGGAUAGUUUGUUGUAUUGGGGGAAAGGGGUUGGGCGAGAGGGAGAGGGAGGUGGAAAUGUGUAG